CCAGAUGAGUCCAAAGUGCCGCUUUUGCUCGGUGUCACAACAUCGCUAUUCUCCUUCUCAUUGAUAGUGUACGGGGCCCGGGUAUACACGCGAGUGCAUCCAGUGCUAAAUAUUAGGUGGGACGACUAUGCUAUGUUCACAGCAGUGGUCCUCGCAAUUGGCCAGUAUGCUGUUAUAGUCAAUUGCAUACAUAAUGGCACCGGCCGGCACGCCGUCUACCUCACACCCGAGACUAUCAUACUGGCACUUCGCGCAGUCUGGAUACAGCAAUUGUUCUGGACAUGGUCAAUUACAUUUAUAAAAGUCUCCGUCGCGCUGAUGCUAAUGCGCAUCCGAAACGAUAAGCCCUGGCGGAUAUGGCUACCUCUCCUUAUAUCUUUCCUUAUCUGCUCCGCCGCUUCAUCCACUGUACUCCAAUUUAUACAAUGUACACCUGUACGCACCUUCUGGGACCGCACGACUCUAGGCGCAAGUGCUGGGCGGCAAAAGACAUACAGCUUUCUCUGUACAUCAACGAUAGCCGUCUUCAUUUCAACUGACGUUACCCUCUCGCUCCUACCAUUGACUUUCAUCACCAAGCUCCGCCGCCCUUUACGCGAGAGGGUGGCCAUCAUGUCUCAUGGGUCUGGGGCUGUUCGCCACCACCGCCGCGAUGGUCAAAAUGUUUCUUAUCAAGCGUUACGCGAGCAGCACCGACCCGCUCUGGGACAUGGUCGAUCUCGCACUCUGGGGCUACGUGGAGCAGUUCUUGGGAAUCAUUGCGGCCUGCGUGCCGUGUCUGAAGGCGCCGUUUGAGAAGUUCCUGCGCACUGUCGGCCUGUUGAGCACGCAGCAGAGAACCCAAGCUGGUGCGAGGGACCAGUACCACAAAAUGUUGAGGAUGGAUACGGAGAAUAGUGGAGGCGUAUGGGGAAAUGCCAUCGGAAAUCGGGGACAUGGCGUUGGACAUCCUCAACACAAAACAAGAGUCCUCUUAAACGAUCAUGGCUGCUACGAGAUCCCCGAUAGUGUUGGUCCUUUAGGUGUCAAGGGAUUUGAAAUGAAAUGAAAAUAAGACAAAAGUAGCCAGCGGUAGAGUGUCAUGUAUCAAGAAUAGCUUACGAAGCAGAAUCUUUGGAACGA